AGUUCUGUUUUUGUUUUGCUUUUUUCCUUCUUGUGUUUGUAAAUUCCCAAACUGGAAAAGCUGAAAAUGACGUAGAUGUACGACAGUCAUGGUCGUGGUGACAGCUCCACACUGAGAAGGAUACACUUGUACUGUAGCAGCCCACUGAUGCACAACCACUUCUGACAGCGUCAUGGAGGAGUCAGAGCCCCUGCUGGCGUCCAGGUCAGAGGAGAGGAGGCCCAACAACAACGGAAACUGCAGGUGGAGCAUUCGCACUCCCAACAUGGACCCCAAGGUGGUGGAGGACCUGAGACGCAGGCUCAAGUACUUCUUCAUGAACCCAUGCCAGAAGUACAAAGCCAGGGGUCGCAAACCAUGGAAGCUGAUGCUGCAAAUAUUAAAAAUUGUUAUCAUCACAGUCCAGCUGGUCUCCUUUGGACUGAGCAACGAGAUGAUGGUCACGUUCAAGGAUGAGAACCUGAUGACGUUUAAACACCUUUUCCUCAAAGGCUACAAGGAUCAUCAGCUAGGAGGUCAUGUUUUGUACACUAAAGCAGACGUCGUCAAUCACAUCUACUAUGUGAUUAACAGGUACAUCCAACUCCAGAACCUGACAGUAGGCAACCUGGCGUACGAGAGGACCAACGGAGAAUACACGCCUCUGAUUGUCUGCCAAGAGUUUUACAGGAACAGCAACAUUGAUCCCGAGAACGAGACCUUUGACAUUGAUCCACACAUUAAUACGGAUUGUUUUUCCAUCUACCCCAUGCAGUCCUUGGACAACAGCAGCCUGGCGAUGCCCCUCAACUUCUCUUUGGACUUUAGGAGGCUGCUGUCAGUCAAAGUUUACUUUACUCUGAAAACCAUCAAUCUGCAGACUGUUAGGCACCACGAGCUUCCAGACUGUUACGUCUUCCAUGUUGUGAUUAUAUUUGAUAACCAUGCUCACAGUGGAAACAUAAAGGUGUCAGUUGAGAACGAUGUCACCAUCAACGAAUGCAGAGACUGGAACGUGGAGGGCACUUCCGGGAAGAAUGACUACUGGCUGCUCUUCUUUGACUCGGUGGUCAUCCUCGCAUGCUUCACCUCGCUGAUCCUCUGCCUGCGUUCUGUCAUCAAUGGCAUCCAGCUCCAGUUUGAGUUCAACACCUUCUUCCACGCCUACUACAAUAAAAUCGUAAGCAUGUCAGACCGCAUGGAGUUUGUGAACGGCUGGUACAUCCUCAUCAUUGUCAGUGACACUCUUUCAAUCGCCGGCUCUGCCUUCAAAAUCGGAAUACAGAUGAAGUUCAUGACUUGCUAUGACGUCUGCAGCAUCCUCCUGGGCACAGCAACCAUGCUGGUUUGGGUGGGCGUGCUUCGUUACCUUGGUCUCUUCAAGAAGUAUAAUAUCCUUAUCUUGACUUUGCGAGCGGCCUUCCCAAAUGUGAUCCGGUUCUGCAGUUGUGCAGCCAUGAUCUACCUGGGCUAUUGUUUCUGUGGCUGGAUAGUGCUUGGACCAUACCACGAAAAAUUCCGAACGCUUGACAAGGUGACAGAGUGUCUUUUCUCUCUCAUCAAUGGCGACGACAUGUACGCCACCUUCAUGAAGAUGAGGAACAACGGCUACAUGGUGUGGCUCUUCAGCAGGCUCUAUCUCUACUCCUUCAUCUCGCUUUUCAUCUACAUGGUGCUCAGCCUCUUCAUCGCUCUCAUCACAGAUACAUAUGAGACCAUUAAGCAGCAGCAGGAAAAAGUCAGAGUGUCCCAGCUCCAGGCCUUCAUAGCAGAGUGCAGGGACGAGCCCGGCUCUGGAAGAUACAAUACUGAUGAGGGACCAGAUCCCUGCUGCCUCUUUUCUUGUUUUUGUUGUGUAUGCCGGGAGAAGAUGUAAUGUGUGCUUUACACUAUAAAGGCUGAUGCCCAAACGCACACCUAUAUGCAUUGUACAUCGUUGAAUUGUACUACUACUAGCUAAUUUAUUGAUAUUACUUGCUCGUGAUGUUCUUGAAAUGUCAGCAGUUCUUCAAACCUUCAAAUCUAUUUGAAUUUUUCCCUCUAUCUAUUUUUCAUAUUUUGCGGAACAAUAU